GCUCGUCUUUCACAAGAGGCGUUGCUCUUCGGCCGUGGUGCUUCUCUGCAAGCACAAAAAAGAAGAAAUUUCCGCUUCCUGCAACGAUAACCAACUAGCGCAACUUGAGAAACAUUCGCCGCGACUUUGACGGUGAACGGCGGGUUGAAGCGCAGCGCAGCGCGCGUCGGGAUCGGUCUCCCCGAGCCUCGGUCCUCGUGGACGGAUGAUUGUGCUGCGAUAGAGGGUCGGCGCUCCGACAAACAGUCGUUUUAUUCGGGGUUUCCUUCUUUGUGUCCUCCAGCAUGUCGGACCGGGGAGGGCUCCCGAGGACUGGAGGCGUACCGUCUCCGCAGCCCUCCAAACCGGUGGCGAUCACCUCCAAUCGGCCGGUGCACAUGAACCUGUACGCCACCUGGGAAGUGGACCGAUCGUCUCCGAGCUGCGUGCCGAGACUCUUCAAUCUGACUCUGAAGAAGCUGGUGAUGCUGAAGGAGCUGGAUAAAGACCUGACGUCUGUGGUCAUCGCUGUCAAACUGCAGGGCUCGAAGCGAAUCCUCCGAUCAAACGAGAUCCUGCUGCCAUCGAGCGGUCAAACCGAAACAGACCUGCAGCUCACGUUCUCCUUACAGUAUCCUCACUUCCUGAAACGAGACGCCAACAAGCUGCAGAUCAUGCUGCAGAGGAGGAAGAGGUACAAGAACAGGACCAUCCUUGGCUACAAGACGCUGGCGCUCGGCCUCAUCAACAUGGCCGAGGUGAUGCAGCACCCCAGCGAAGGCGCUCAGGUCCUGAGUCUGCACAGUCAGCUGAAGGAGGUGUCCGUCCCCGUGGCUGAGAUCCGGGUCUAUUCUCUGUCCAGUCAGCCCAUCGACCGCGAGGGACCCAAAGCCAAGAUGAACGAUCGUUCUCCAGACAUUGAUAACUACUCGGAGGAAGAGGAGGAGAGUUACUCGUCUGAGCAGGAGGGCAGCGACGACCCCGUCCACCAUUAUCUAGAUGAUGAAGAGGACGAGGUGAGGAAGAAGAAACCCAGACGCAAACUCACUUCAAACGCCUCCAUUACCAGACAACCGAACAUCAAGCAGAAGUUUGUGGCUCUGCUGAAGCGGUUUAAGGUGUCUGAUGAGGUGGGUUUCGGGCUGGAGCACGUGUCCCGUGAGCAGAUCCAGGAGGUGGAGGAGGAUCUGGACGAGCUCUAUGACAGUCUGGAGAUGUACAACCCCAGCGACAGCGGGCCGGAGAUGGAGGAGACCGACAGCAUCCUCAGCACUCCCAAACCCAAACUCAGGCCGUUCUUCGAGGGAAUGUCCCAGUCCAGCUCUCAGACGGAGAUCGGCAGCUUGAACAGUAAAGGCAGUCUGAGCCGAGAGCCCUUCAGUCUUGGAGAAUCUGAUAAGGUCAAGCCCUCUCGCAGCCGCACGCUGGACGAGCCUCUGUCUGAGACGGACACACUGGAUCUGAACGAUCAGGAGUUGUUCAGUGAAGUAGGGCCGUCUAUAACAGUGUCUGUGGCUGAAAAACCACGAACACCCCUAAAAACCAGCAAGAGCGAGCUUCAGUCCAUGCCAUCGCCCAGGUUGGACGGAGGACACACACCCCAUAAGCGCUGCACUCCUCUAAAAGAGCGCCAGCUCUCCAAACCGCUGAGUGAACGAGCCAACAGCUCGGACAGCGAGAGAUCGCCUGAGCUCGGACACAGCACACAGCUCCUCAGGAAGGCCGUCUAUGAUCAGUUGAAUCAGAUUCUGUUAUCUGAUGCUGCUCUUCCUGAAAGUCUCAUCCUAAUCAAUGGCACAGACUGGCAAGGACAGUACGUGGCGGAGCAGCUUCAGCUUCAGAAGCAUCCUGUGGUUUGCACGUGUUCUGGAGCAGAGAUUCAGGCCGUUCUCUCGGCUCUGCUCACUCGGAUUCAGAAAUUCUGUAACUGUAACUCGUCGAUGCCGCGGCCGGUGAAGGUGGCGGUGGUCGGAGCUCAGAGUUAUCUGGGAGCAGUGCUGCAGUUCUUCGUCACUCAGCUGGCCAACAAGACGUCUGAUUGGCUCAAUCACCUCCGCUUCCUGGUCGUGCCCCUCGGUUCUCAUCCUGUUGCUAAGCACCUGGGUGCCCUUGACAACCGUUACAGCGCAGCCUUCCUGGACGGAGCCUGGAGAGACACAUUCAACAGAUCAGAGCCACCGCAGACAGAUGCGGUGGACGUGGCGGCGCGUGUGUCUCAGUACAUCAGCGGAGCGGCUCUCACACACCAGCUCCCCGUCGCUGAGGCCAUGCUGACCUGCAAACACAGAACGAGAGAUGAGGACUCCUACCAGAAGUUCAUUCCCUUCAUCGGGGUGGUGAAGGUGGGUUUGAUCGAGCCUGGCCAAUCAGCAGCAGGAGACUCUGAAGAGGGCGUGGCUGUGAGUUUAGCCGUCCCCUCCACAUCUCCGCCCUCUCACGCUUCACCCGGCGGAUUGAAGGAGGUGGCCACGCCCCCCUCAUCUCCGUCCAUCGGCGGCGGUCUGGCGGUGCAGGGGAGUCCCAGCAUGCCUCACGGCGGGGACGCCAUCGGGCUGCAGGUGGAUUACUGGCUGGCGUCUCUGGCGGAGAAGCGGCGCGAGGGCGAGAGGAGAGACACCGGCUGUAAGAACACCCUGAAGAGCGCCUUCUGGUCACUGCAGGUCAGCCGUCUGCCAGGAGGAGGAGCCAGCGAGCCGCAGGCGCCACUCAACACGAUGGCCAUGACCGUGGUCACCAAAGAGAAGAACAAGAAAGUUCCCACUAUCUUCCUGGGGAAGAAGCCUAAAGAGCGUGAGAUGGACUCUAAGAGUCAGGUGAUCGAGGGCAUCAGCCGGCUCAUCUGCUCCGCCAAACAGCAGCAGACCAUCCUGAAAGUCACCAUCGACGGAUGCGAGUGGAACGACGUGAAGUUCUUCCAGCUAGCCGCUCAGUGGCCGACUCACGUCAAGUAUCUCCCGGUGGGAUUGUUCGGCUACAGCAAACCGACCUCCUAGGACCGCCCACUUUCUCAGCUCCGCCCAUUCAACCUGCACCCCAUUGCACACCACCGUCGCCACUUUCACAACCAAUCACAGUUGAGACGGGAUGCUCAUGUGACCGUCUCUGGUGGGUGAGCAGGUGGAGUUGAAGACGGCUUCAAUAGACUUUUAUCAGCGCUAGUCACUUUUAUUUAUCAGAGGCCCCAGAGCCACAUUUGGGGGCCAAGCACAAUUUUAAUACACCACCUGCUUAAAUCACUCUCAACAACCCUUAAUAUGUCCCUUUGUGUAACUGAUAUUCCGAAAAUAGCAGAUUUCUCACCUGUAGUAAGAAGGCGGAGUUAAAUGCCAAUUUUUACAUUGGAAGCGGGGCUACGAGGUGCCCAUCGGCCAAUAGAGGAGAAGAUUUAGAUCUUUUGCAUAGUUUGUUUUAUCCUUUCAGUUGGCCACAUCUGGAAAUGCGUUGUUGAACUCCAUCCUGCAUGUCUUAAACUACAUUACCCAUAAUGCACUGGGAAAGUAAACAUUGCAUUGCAUUGCCUCGCGUUCCCCUCGACGCACGGAAGGUUAGUAGUUCACAUCUCUGUUAACUAGAAUAAACUAUUCCAAUUUAGUUUUAUAUUCGUUUUUAAACAUGCAUUUUGUUUAUUUUUAAAAGUGACCUUUUAGAUUAAAUAUGUAGCUCAUCUACCGGUUUUAUUUAGUUUCAUAAAACAUCUCCAAAGAUCUCAGAAUGUAAACAUUACGGGACAGAUUGAGUCAGUCACCUUUAAUAUUACGGGCAACGGCGAACUCGAUUUAUAAAAGAAAUACGUCGUAUGGAUCAGCACAAGAACUGAGAUAAAGGCUACACGAGGUUGGAUGUGAAAAUGUCAAACGGGUUUGGGGAGAACUUCAAUGGUUUCAUCUUCAUCAGUUGUCGAAUGCUAUGCACUUAAACUCGCCUUCAUUUCUUCAUAUCUUCGUCCAAAGCACAAGAAGAAGCGACCAGCUCCUCAUACAGAAAGCCCAAUUAAAACACGAUUCACAAACACUACCUUUACACACUGCAAACACAUGAUUGUCUUAUUUUAUUCUUAUUUUGUUUUUGUCUUUUCAAGUACAAAUAUCUAAACAAUCUUAAAUCGAGAUACAUUAAAUGUGCUUAAUUUUGAUCAUUCCUCAAAAAACUGUGCUUAAUUUCUUAAAACAUUAUCAUAGAUCUUGAUUUAAGAAGGUUUAGAUGUUUGAAAAUACUAUGAAAAAACACUAUAAAAUGCGCAAAAUAGGACAAAAAAAUGGUGCGAGAAUCAUUUUUUGCAGUGCAGCUGUGAACAAAACGUCUGAACUGAUCUGAGAUCAGUAAAUCUUGAGCUACAACAUCCCUUUAUUUUCUAGCUGGAGCUUGUUACAUUACUGCUAAUGGCAGCUUUCACAGAAGUAGCGUGCUUUUAUUUCGUCUAGACGUUUUGUGAGAUAUUCUUGAGUGGUAGGUAAUGCAACUAACAAAAUGUCACUGAAAUGUUUUAAAAUAAUAACAAAACACGACAAAAUAGCUAUGUGUGAAAUGGUGUUGUGCCACAGUGAGAGUGAAGCCAGUGUGUGUGUGUGUGUUGUGGACAGUAGUGCUCACUGGUUUAAUUAAUCUGUGUUGAUAACUGUACGUUCUUCACAGAACAAGAUUCAGCAUUUUUCUACCCUGCCGACUUAUAUCCAUCGCAGCUUUAAAUGCUGAUAAAUUAUUAAUUAAUAUACAAUGAUUGUUACAUGAUUAACAUGUUGAACUUCUAUUAAUUUACUUUCGACCCAAAAGAGUGAAUCUCACAAAAACCUGUUAAGAAAACGUCAUAUUUCACAACAAAAUCAAAAGAAAAUUAAGAUUUGUUUAAAGAAAAUUCAGCCUAAUUUAGGAACAUUUAAGAUUUUGCUUUGUGACGUGAUUUGGUAUGAUUUUAUUACAGUAAUGUUGCAAAAAUUAUAAUUGCAUACAUAAUUUGUUGUAAUUAUGUUAAUUUAGGCUGAUUUCUAAAACGGAUAUUUGCAUUAAUAAUCAUUGUAAUAUAAUUAUUAUUUUGUUUGUUGACCUGGAUGUGAGAUUCACCUUAAAUCUUUCUGUUUUCUGAAAUGAAGGUGUCAGUUUUUCUGUGGUUAAAAGUAUUAAGAACAACAAAGUAUUAAAGUCACGAUGGGUCAAUUUGAUUUUUAUUUUUUCUGUUCCUGCUUCUUACAGAGAAUAUGUAUCAAUAGUUUUGAAGUGUGAGUGUCUUUCUUCUGUUUACAUCAAAAGAAAGUUUGUGCAUCUUGCAUUUUUUGCCUGUAUUCUUAAAAAAACAGUGAAAACAUAAUUUCUUUGAGUUAAUGUUGGUUAUCAAUACUGCACUAUUAAACAAAUAUCCACACAUUAAUAAUGUGUUUAUAGCAGACAAGUUCUUAAUAUGUUUUUAUAAAGCUGUUUAAAUUGCAUUUUUUUGCAUUUUAUGAAUAUCUUAGCGAUUUAAAUCCUAUAAGGCUCAUAGAAAGAUGCAUACUCUCUGGCUGUAUGCUCUCAUACUCUCAUCGGAUCUGAAAAUCAUUCAUGAUUUAGAGGGUCGGCAUGUUCACCAAAGCUUAGAAACCUCCUAGAGAUGCUGAGCAUAAAAAGAGAAAAACCCACGCUAAAUAUUAUUUCUAACUAGUUAAAAUGUCUGUACUGAUGUUACACUUGCUGUCCGUGUUUUAAGCUUGCAUGAGCAAAUGCGCAAAAACUUGCAGCAACCUUCAAACAAGAGUUUUGAGUUAAAAAAAUACAAAAUAAUGGCAACUAUUUUGGCGUCCAGGUUCAAAUUUUAUAUGGAUAUAUGGAAAAAAUGGUCACUGCCAAAGAGUGUCAUCUGUUACAUUUUUUUGUUUGUUUGUGUUUUUGUAUGUAUGGAAAAUAGUUUUCAGUAUUUAUGGAGCGGUGUUACCGAAGUACCGAAUUUUCCAAUCGAUUAAUUUCAGUAUGAAAAGAAAGUUUCCAAUUUCCAUUCCUUCACUCGAACAUGUACUGUCUCUUUAUGCGUGUGCUGUUUGGAGUCUGGUCUUCGUACCUCUGUAUGUACCUGUGUUGAUUGUCAUGUGAAAGUUCGACAAAAUAAAGCGGAUUUGAGCAUUCUGAUUGGUCGACUAAUUAUCCCAACGGCCAAUCAGAUUGGUGCUCAUCUGCUUCAAAUACUUUUUGUCAAUGUAAUCUGUUGGAGAGAUAAAAUGCCUGAAUUCCAAGCUUCGGAUUCAAACCUAAAGUUAAUCUACUGUGUAAAGUGAAUCAUUACGUAGUAUUUAGACGUGGACGAUCAAGAACCGAGCUUGUGGAGGAGAUGAGUAUUUUUUGCACAUGCGUUUGUUAUCUUUUAGCAGUCUUCAGCUCUUUGCCUUUUUGCCUUUAGACAAAAACGCUUGUACAUAUCCAAAGUGCUUGUAAUAUGAAAUCAUGUUCCUUUAUUGUGUGCUAUUUUUUUAUUUGACAUGUUUUUGUAGUAAUGCUUUUUCAUAACUGAGUUGUCAAUCAAUAAAUGUGGUAUGGACAGUGGACGUGUUACUUGUAUUCUUUUUUAUUUAAUAAACACCUGAUUUGUAAACUC